GCUCCACCUGGGAUUUUCAACUACAGCCGAUUGAAGCCAUUCGCAAGGUUCACAAUCCCAUUACCACCGAUACAUACGAAUAGAUUCAGUAUAAUCGAGCGCAAGCAACGAAAUGCUACUGCGAAACCUCCACACAGGCCACCGUUGACGAGCCCCUCCCUCGUCGCGCAACAAGCAGCCCUCUCUCCCCUCCCCCACUAACACCAUCACCACCACGACGCUCUGCUCCCACGAUGCCUCGCAAUGCUGGCGCGGCACCAUCCCUGCGCAAGGGACCCAACUGGUCCUCUCACCUCCGACAGUUCAGCCGAAGUAGCCUCGAACCGCCCUCCGCGACAUCGUCCGUCGACUCGCCCCGAUCCCCCGAUACCGUCUCCAGUGCCUCGACCAUCCGCGGCGACAACUCGUCCAGCUCUGUGAAACAGCGCCGCCUCGAGCGUAGGUGCACCGUAGGCGUUAACGAGGGAUACUCGCGCGACGAGGUGCUCCUAAGCCCGGAGGUGAUCAAGGGCGAUGUCAGACCCGGGAGCCUCGUGGCCAUCACCGUGAUCAAGACGGAGGGCGAUAAGACUGCGACAAAGGACCAUGCGACGGCGCGCGGCGGGAACUCUGCGAACAACACCGGUGCGGGAGCGGGACAAGGCGAUGCGGCGCCCGAGGGGGCGACGCUGGGGAAAAGGUACUUUUGCGUCGCAAAGGAAAUGUCCAAGGAGCUCAAGAGCCGGUUGCCCAACGUUGACAUCUACGUCGUCAAGCAUAUCGCAGAUGCAUUCGGCAUGAAGAAGGGCACGCAGGUACUCUUGACGCCGGUGGACGCUGAUAACCCCGCGACGGCCGCCUCACAUGUCGAGCUCUCGUUCAAGGACCAGUAUCUGUCGCGAUCCGACAUGUGGCGCCUGGCCAUCGGCGAACUCACAGAAAGGACAGUCUACAAGGGCCAGUCGAUACUAUUCAUGGGCACGAUAAAAGCGCAGGUCACGGCGGUAUUCGUAGACGGGCGAAAGACGCACUCGGCUUUCUUCACGAGGAACACGAGGCCGAUUUUCAGAAGCGAGUCGGCGAGGUACGUGCUGUUCAUCCAGAUGGCGCGCGAGAUGUGGGACUUCGACUCGGAGGGGUCCGGCGAGAUCCUCUUCAACAAGGUCGUCAACGGCUUCCUGCCGGCGCUGUUCAAGAAAUGGGCCAAGCUCAAGGCCAAGCACCUCGUGAGCAUCGUGCUCUUCGCGAGGGUGGAAUACGACACGGGCCUGACGACGGAGCUGGCGAGCAGCACCCUGCACGGGGACUACUACACGGGCGUGCAAAUAUCGGGCGACCGCAGGCCGUACAAGGACUUUUACCGCGUGGUCGUCAGCGAGAUGGCGAGCGGGGAGUGGACGACGAUCCUAAACCAGCUGAAGCGCGAGUUCAACUUCUUCAGGCGGGACAUUAGCCUGCACCACCAAAAGGCCAACAGCGCGUUCGUGCCGCUGGCCGAGGAGAACGGCGGCAAGGGCAUUGCGUCCAAUCGCGUCAAGGCUGAGUCGUCGCUGGCCAUGUACGGCAACUUCUUAGAGGCCAUCAACCUCGCCUCGUCCCAGUUUGCGCAUGACUACGUCGACCGCGACCUAAUGCGGACGGGCAUCUCGAUUGUAGUCAUCAGCCCCGGGCCCGGCGUCUUCGAGGUCGAGUACGAAUCUCUGCGGCGGACCACCGAGGCCCUCGUCGGAAACGGCAUCGGCAUCGACCUCAUCUGCGUGCCAAAGAUGCCACUCCACUCCGUCCCACUGUUCCGGUACCGUAACCCGCAGACCUCGGAGGGCUCGCACGGCCUGUCGAGAUCGAGGUCCGUACGGAGCCGUGAGAGCACGCCGAAGCAGCAGGCCACGCCCAUCAUCGGCAGUUACCAGUCGGUGGCCGAGUCGCUGUCACCGACAAAAGGACUAGAGCUCGCCCACCGCAUCGACAGGCUUGCGAACCCGCAGGACGAGUGGUCGUACGCGGUGCCCCAGUGGCUGCACGUCUCCUACUGGACAGGGACAUCCGAAGAGGCGCUGUCGUAUCAAGGCAUCGCCCUCUCGGUGUCCGAGGACAAGGAGGGCCAGGAGAGCGAAGACUUUGCUAUCCGCGCGAGGAUGUAUGAUCUUCAGAUGCGCAGCGUCUUGGAGACGAACGAGAUCGAGACGACACCGCUUCAGGCCGACCCGCUGUUCCCUGUGACGACGACCGAGUCUAAGAGCUCACUGCGGUCGCGGCUCAGCGGGACAGACGAGAUCGCCAUGAUACCCCUGAAGCGCCACCAGGACACGCUUGUUGACCACGUGUAUGGGUUCCAAAAGUUCAUGCCCGACAGGCUCGUGAAACCGGGCGAGAAGUCGCUGUGGAAGCAGCUGCAGGAGUAUGACGAAACGAGGGCGAGACUGCCGAGGUCGCGGCGCCCUGCGCAAGCAAGGGCCUCGAGAGACCUAGAAGAGACGACGAGGCGGCAGCUGAUGGAGGACGCGGGGCUGUUUGGGACGUCGCUGCCCGAGAAGAAGAUUGUGCCGAACCAGAGCCUUGCGGCUGUGACGGCGGGGCGCAAGUUAUCGGUCAACAUUGUCGAUAGCGAAAAGGCGGAGAUCGUGGCCGCUGCGAGGAAGGCUGCGAAUCAUCCACCGGCGGCACCGUCGUCGGGAGCGGCAGGGACGUCAUCUAAUCAGACGUCGUCCUCUACCUCCUCGUCGACGACCCCCGAUUCCCACAGCGUAGCGGGUAAGAUGUCUGUGGCAUCGCCGUCCAAGCCUCCUAGGUUUAUGCGGCAGAUCAGUCUCGGCCUGCGGGGCUUCGGUAUCGCGGCGCCCAAGGUGGUGGCGGCGGAGGCGAGCUUCGAGACAGUCAAGGCGUCGACGGAGCAGAGCGUGACGAGCCCCACGAUGCCGCUGGUCAUGUCGACGAUGCCGCGCCCGUCGUCGCCGCAGGUCAUCAAGCCGAGCAUUUCGACGGCCAUGUCCUCGUUCUCGCCGCAGCUGUUCCGGUCAGAUUCGCGCGAUACCCUUAAGGACCUGCCCUCGACGCCGAGCAUACCAAUCAACAUGAAGUCCUCUUCACGCCGGGGCGAGAGCUCGAUCGGCCAGCAGCAUAGUAAGCUGCGCGCCGGUGCUAUGCCCGAGCUGCCGUCUACGUUGUCACCGACCACGGCCAUCUCGCCUUGGCUCACGGUGCUGAACCCGUCGAACCCGGACAGGAAUAAGGUGGACGACACGGUGCUCUACAGCCGGUGGCAGCAUGUGUUCCCCCGGACUUCGGAGAUGAAGGUCAUGAAGUGGAAGGCCCUGUGCUGUCCGGCCGCCGUGCCGCUCACGACCGAGUACUUUCCCUCAAAGUCACAGUUUGACACGGAGUACCAGAGACAGCCGUAUGUCAUCGCGCAGAACGCCGAUGAUGAGCUUACAGAAGAGCCGAAAUCGAGAGAGGAGUUCUUGCGGGAAUUAAUCAGUCUCCGUUUCUCGCAAGGGUUCCAAGUGGUCAUUGGCCCGUCCGUCGCCAAGGCGUUUGGGCAGAGGCUGCUGCGAAUUGCCGACAUAUUCUCACGCGACCAGGCGAUGGAGGACGGUACGAGCAUCUUCCUUUCGGUGGGCAACACGAUCCACCAGCUUUCGUGUGUUAAUGGCACGGAGGUGGAGGUCAACAUUUACAUACGCAAACCGGCCGAGCUGACGGUUGGGAACUCCAAUUCCGGCCCGCUGUACAGGCCGGCGAUCCGCACGUUGAUGGAAAGCGGGUACCGGACCCAGGAGGUUGACAUAUCCACGCCGAAACCGGAGAGGAACUGGAACUACAUUGACUCGUAUCUCGCGGGCCACCACGACGAGAUGACGGAGAACCUGAGGUUCUGGAGGACGCGGUUCGUGCUCAUCCCCAUGGUGUCGCGAUCGUCGGCGGUGCCUAGGAACCAGGCCGGCGACAACGCCGAGGAGGUGCGCUUGGAAGGAAUCAGAAGGCUGUCGCUAUCGUGGCAAAAGCACCGUUACAUCCCGCCGUUCGAGCGGAGAUACCAGACGGCCAAGUCGAAGCGCGAUCCCAACCCCCUGGACAUUGUGUACAAGACGGAAGACCCGUCCGUCGUCAUCGCGGCCGAGCUCGACAACUUACCAUUGGUGGAGGGCCUAGGCGAGAACCGUAAGGGACAGCUCAUCACGAGCCGGGAGCACUUUCGCAAGUCCAAUUUGAAUCUCUCGGCGCUGGCCGAGGCGAUCCAGCAGCCCGUCGAGAACGGCGGCGUCAAGCUGCAGAACCGACGGUGGCAUCUGCGGCUGCACUACAACUGCUUCAUCGGCUCCGACAUGACGACGUGGCUCAUGGACAACUUCGAGGACCUAGACAGCCGCGAGGAGGCGGAGCAGCUGGGCAACAUGCUCAUGGUCAAGACGUACGACCGGCCGUCGGAUGACAAGAAGGACCGCGGCGGGCUGUUUGAGCACGUUGAGCGCCGGCACGUGUUUAGGGACGGACAGUACUUUUACACCAUCGCUACCGAGUACGCGAAACCGCACCCUCCCGGCUGGUUCAACUCGCGCCGUGGCCGCGACGUCUCUGUGCCCUCGACGCCCAUGUCGGAGAACGUCCCGCGCGACUCGCCGCGGCCGGGCAUGAUUUCCCGGCCGACGUCUAUCAACGAGGAGAACUCGCCCAUUUCGGGCGCUACCACCCCGACGGCGUACUCUGUCAUGUUUAGCAACAAAAAGGUGCCCAAGGUCUGCCUCAGCAAAGUCAUCAAGUACGACGUGGACCACCGCAAGCGGUCGUACCGGCCUGAGCGCGUCGACCUGCACUACGACCGCCUCCACAACCCGGACAACUGCUACCACAUCCGCAUCGACUGGAUGAACGUGACGGCGAAGCUCAUCGAGGACGUGGUGGAGGGCUGGGCGCGCGAGGCGGCGACGUACGGCCUGCGGCUGGUCGAGGUGCCCAUCAAGGAAGCGUGCUCCAUCACGGAGGUGAACCCCUUCCGGAGGCCGUACCUCAUCAAGCUGUCGGUGCCGCCGCCGAGCCAGCAGCCGGUGACGUAUUACGAGCCCAACUCGUUCUCGCCGCAGACGGCGCCGGGGAAGCACUUUUACCAAAAGGUGCUGAUGCGCAAGUUCGACUUUGUGCUCGACAUGGAGGCCGCGUCGAAUUACCCGCGUGACGUCGAGGUGAGGUACUCGUGGGGCCGGCCGGACUUCAAGUAUUCGCAGUAUAUCCACCGGUCCGGGGUGCUGCUGGCGGAGAUCACGGACGAGGGACACUUCCUUGUGCUGGCCAACCGGCUUUUUAGUAAUCGGGCCUGGACGGCGAGGGAUAAGGAGCUCAAGGAUUUGAGGGAGGCUAAUAGCGGUGGUGGUGGUGGUGUUGGUGGACCGACUGGCGGUGGUGCGAAUACUGUCGUUGAGCGCGGGGGCAGGAUUAUACCCGUGGGCUCGUACACGCCCUUUGGGAUCCCGGAGCCGACGCCGAUGAGCAGUCCGAUGGUGAAGCCCGUUUUCUAUGCCGGGGGCGGUGGCGGUGGUGUCGGUGGUGGUUCGCCUGCGGUGAGGGCAUCGGACAUGAGAGCAAGUUCCAGCGCUUCUGGCGGACCUUCUGGUGGUGCGGCAGCAAACACAACGGCCGCGGUGGACCCGAUCCCGAUUCUCACGGAGCUCGAGGCAUUUUGCAACGACGGACCGGGGUUGGAGGCAUUCUACAAGGAGACGCUGGAGCGGGGCCCGCCGCAGGCCAUGACUACGCCGGGAGCGAUGAGACCUACUGUUGUUGGGCUUGAGGCUGUGCCGGAGGCGAGUAUUCCGAUGUUGGGGCUGCCGGCGGGUGUCCUUGGGGAUUUGCAUUCUGGUGGUGGUGGUGGGCUUGGGGCCUCUGCACGUUCUAUUGCACGAUCAUGAUUACCUUUGAGAGGGUCUACCAGGUUCUCGCCUCACUUUCGGAGUUGAAUGCUACGCGAUGGCUUUGCCAAAGCGAAUGGUCAUCAUGUAAGUCGUGGGAUGUAGCUGACCAAGGUAGCCCACCCACCAGCCAGUCACUUUCAGCGUCAUGAUCUCACCUAAUGGCUUCUACGUUGAUCCCUUCUUCCAGAUCACGAAUCACAGGGACUCAAAGGCUGGAGACCAUCAUGAUUUCACACUGUCUGCCUCUUAUGAUAUGAUGAGCAAUAUUGCUACCGAAUCAAGUGAGGACUGGGCCUGGCGGCGAGGGGAAGUUGAUGUUUACGCUGGUGAUGUGUGGCUCAGCUGUGCAGACCAAAAACCUGG